AUGGCAUCCCACGACCCUUUGAAGAGACUUUCUGCGAUAUCUGGUCAUGUAGGUCAGAAGAAGUCGCCUGAUACCAUGGCUGAGACCACCCAAGCUCCGGACUCGUUGCCCUGGAACCCUGAUUGCACAAAGUUCCCUUCGCGGAAGGACUUACCUCAGCUUCCUGGUGCACCUGAGGGUGCGGCUUGGGUAUGGGGAGAAGAUGAUCAACUGGGAAGGUUGAACCUUUUGACUCCACAGCGAGUCAAGGCCUCUGCUCAGGAGAUACUCACGGGAGAGAUGGUACGAUUGGAUCUUCCUCUCAAUGUGCCUGAGAAACCCGCGUUCGGUCGCGAAACCUUCCAGCAUAGUUACAAGACCCUCGCCGAGGAUGUUUCCUACGACGACUGCUACUCGCUCAACACUCAAAGUGGCACUCAAUGGGAUGGCUUCCGCCAUUUCUCCCACAUUCCAACCAAGCUAUUCUAUAACAAGGUAAUGUUCUUGAUGGCUUCUUACACUUUCAUGAAAGCUCACGGCUUCAUACAGGCCACAAGCCAAGAUUUCUUCGGCGAAAACCCCAACCUCCGUUGCAGUAUUCACCACUGGGCAGAACACGGCAUCGCUGGACGAGGCGUGCUACUCGACUACCGCCAAUACGCCCUAACUCACAACAAAUCCUACGACCCAUACACAUCCCACGCCAUCACCUUCGAUGAUCUGAAAGCCUGCGCAGCCUCUCAAGGCCUCGAUAUCCGCCCCGAAUCAGAGGGCGGCGACAUCCGUGUUGGCGAUUUCCUACUAAUCCGCUCCGGCUUCGUCGAGAAAUACCACCAGAUAAGCCCUGAAGAACGCUACCAAGCCGCGACUCGCUCUCGCGAUGACCUCGCCUUCGCAGGUGUCUCCCGUGAACAGGCUGUUCGGGACUGGCUGCAUGAUUGUUACUUUGCUGGCGUGACGGGUGAUUCGCCAACUUUCGAGGUGUGGCCUGUUCAAACGGACCAUUUGCAUCAGAGCCUGCUCGCGCUUUGGGGGUGUCCCAUUGGUGAGAUGUGGGAUUUGGAGAAGUUGGCAGAGAAGUGUCGGCAGCGUAGAAAGUGGACUUUCUUUAUGACGAGUGCCCCUGCGAAUAUGCCUGGGGGAGUUGGCUCGCAUGCAAACGCCACGGCUAUUUUGUAG